CCUCAGGUUUCUAACCACGCCUUCUUUGGGAGGCGGGGCUUCGGCGCCUCUCUCUUUCCUUCUCUCUGUCUGUGCCCCGCGCGCUUUCCCGCUUACAGUAUUGCGCGCGCGGUUCUUUUUCCCCUCAGCUUUCCCCCCCCCCUCCCUCUCUCUCUCUCUCUCACGUGUUGCGUUCGAAACCCGGAAUCGGGCGGGAAAUUCCUCUGUUCUCUCCUCAGCGCUUGGAAGGCCUUCGGAGCUUUCCCACAAGAGGAGAGGAGGAAGGAGGGCGCGUGCGGAUGGCAUGGCGGCUGUUUUGGAACUGCUGCUGCGGGACGAGGUGGCGGCCUCGGCUGUGGUGCGGUGGCUGAAGGCGAGCCAGGGCUCUCGCGGCGCGGAGGAAAGUGAAGUCCAUCCCAAGUUAGCCCUGCUGAAUUCACUUCAAAAAGACUUUGUGCCUUUUUUGCUGAAUUAUUUAAGAGAACAGACCAGUCGGAUAUUGACAAAUGGACCUUCUACCCCUGCUAAAACUCCAAACUCCAAGCACCUUGGGAGCUCUGCCAGCUAUAGGAGGCAAAGGACAGGAUCCGAAAGGAGGACACAGAGUACAGAAGGCUUCAGCAGCAGUAAAGGACGCCUUUUUUAUGAUGCAACUCCAACUAGCUUGUGCACCUCCAAUAGUAGUACCUCCCUUUCUGAGUCUCAUGAGUUUUCCGUCCUAAAUGGAUCAAGCAUAACAGGAUCUUUCAGUGAUUCCCUCCGUGCUGAUCCCAGCACUGCUACAAGUUUUACUUCAAGCCCCAGUUUUACUCGCCAUGAAAGGCGCUCGACACAGAAAACAAGCCUGGGGAGUUUUCUUGUUUCUGCUCCAAUGAGACGAGGUAGAAGAAAAGGCAAUAGUUCUGUGAAUGGUUCUGACCGGCCGGUGGCGCAAGACCUGGAAAGGCGACUGAAUGAGGAAGCAAAACAAGACAGUUCAUUUCAGGAUUCACCGAGGCAAAGGAAGCAGGGUGAACUGAGUCCAGCAUCUUCCACUUCUCCAUCUGACCAGCUUAACUUAAAUGACCUGGAGGAGUUUCCACCCAUGAGUGCUACUGGGGUGAUAAACAAAAGCAAGCCAUCAAGAAGAAUCAACCCUACUCCAGUGAGUACAGACCGAACCCUCUCCAAGCCAAAGAUGUGCUUCACUUCCACGCCUGUUGGCCAAUCUAAGGCACUUGCCGUCCAGUCUGGAAUAAGUCCUGAGGGUUUUUCUGCCUUUCAGGAAGUAAACCUGAUUCCUGCUUCUGGAAGUCUUCAGGAGGAAAGAGAGAUGCUGAAGAAGGAACGGUACAUUAUGAAGUCCAAGUUGUCACAUCACACGUCUUCCUCAGCAGAGUCAUCUCUAGAUUCUGGGAUGUCUGUCAAACCUAGUCCUGGUCUGAAUACAAAUCUUCUUGCUGAAAACCACUUAGUAACUUCUGCAGAUGUCACGCAGGUUUCUUGCAAGAAACAAAUUGAACAGUUGGCUCAGAUGUAUUCACUGUGCAUAGCAGAAAACCUGGUGCCAAGUAUAUUUCUGGAGUUUUUCUUUGUGUUGCAGCUGCUUACAGCCAAGGGAACCUCCUCUGUGGAGGAAAGGGAAAGUGACCUAGAUUUUAGUGGAGAAUACAAAGAUGCAGUUGCAAAGCAACAUUUUUGCAGUAUACACAACUGUGUUUAUUUUGCGGUUCGGGUCUUGGAUUAUCAAUUUGAAAUUGUAUCUCACCUGGAGAAAGGGACGCUGAAGCUCUUGGCUGAGAAUGACAGGAUUGCAUCCUUUUCUCCUGUUUUGCAUGAAAGGCUGAUGACAGCCUAUGAAAACAGCACAGCAAAGGUUUCCCUGUUGCUACCUUCAUGCGUACAAUCAGUUUCCUUCCAGCCAGAAACUGACAAUCGGUUUAACUUUUCCAGUGAUAAAGCAUUUCACAUAUUUAAAAAGCAAAGGGAUAUUUUCUAUGAGUUGUUGCGUGAAUGGGAAGACAACUCUGAAAAACCAGGCUGGGAUUUUGAGAAACGUCUAGGAGAAAGGAUCAGGGUUAUGAUGGCUCAUCUUUCAGCGGCUUCUAACUACAGUCACUUUGCCAGGCUGUUCCUGAAACAACUUCUUCAGAUGUGUAAAGGUCCAGUUGGUGGUGGCACAAGUUGGGGAGACACUCCAGACCAAGAUGUCCUUAACAUGUUAGGGCCGGAUAACCUGAGCCGACUGAAGAGGUUGCAAGAGAGAUUCCUUGUUCCCCAGAACAUCAGUGGGCCUUGCCCACCUCCUUCCUUUCCUGGAUGCCAGCAGUUCUUCAGGGACUUCAUCCUCAGCGCAGGAAGCUACCAGUUUAAUCAGCACUUGAUGGACAGUCUGUGCCUGCAGAUACUUGAACUGGAUGGCCUUGCUUUGGUGGAACAUGAACCCAGUGACAGAGAAGCAAUGGACGAACAGGAAGAAAAGAAACAUUUUGCUGCAGUCCUUAUGAGCCUCAGGGUCCUGGCAAAGUUUUUUGGAUUCCUUGUCUUCCUGCCUUAUCGAACAUCAGAGCCAGUGACUGGAGAUCUGCUAGAAUCUGCAGUGCUGUUAAGAAACCAAACACAUCCUGUACUGGAUGUAUUCAAACUGCUGAAACAAUCCAUUCAGAAACAGUGCACAGUCCUGACCAUACCGUGGGUUGUCGAGUUUCUUUCCCUGAUGGACUGUAUUGCUCCAUUUCUUGACUACUAUGGGAAGAUAUUUGCUCUCCUGUUGCAAUUGUACAGAUGUAUGCUGCUUUCUGAAAAUAAAGGGAUGUGUUUCCUGAAUAAGCUACUGAUUCUUGCAGUGUUGGGAUGGCUUUUUCAAGUGCCUGCUGUCUCUGAGAACUUGUUCUUUGCUGAUGAAGAGAAAUCAGAAAAAUUGAUAACAGAACCUGGGACAAAAGUUCAAGCUCUGGAUUCAGUGCCUUUGGUGGAUCAGCAGUUGCUUUAUACUUGUUGCCCUUAUCUUGGUGAGUUGAAGAAAUUGCUGUCGUCCUUUGUGCUGGGAAGCGGAGGGAAGAACGGCGGCUACAUACGGAAAAUAACCCCAACUGCUGCAGAGGCCUUUGCACCCAAAACCUCAAUCACUCGGCAAAAACUUCAGGCAGAGUUGGAGCAGGCCUUCUUCCACAAUCAGUCCCCGUCUCUACGGAGAACAGUAGAGUUUGUGGCAGAGAGAAUAGGAUCCAAUUGUGUCAAGCACAUCAAGGCAACCCUGGUAGCGGAGCUGGUGAAAAGAGCAGAGGUCAUGUUGCAGGAUAAUGUGAAGGAAGAGGAAGCCAAUUAUGGCAAACUGCUUGACGAAGUCUGUUCCCAGCUAUAUGAAGAAGGGGCACAAGCUCUGAUUCAAGGCAAAGAAUUUUGCAGGAAGAAAGGCCCUGAAGCUGUGGAAAUCUUGCUGCCAGAAGAGACAUCUGCAGCAGUUUUGAGCUGUGCAUCAAAUAUUGCAGUGGGGCUGGCUACAGAAAAGGCCUGUGCUUGGCUUUCCACAAAUAUUACAGCUUUGAUUAAGAGGGAGGUGAAGGCCACUUUCAGUCGCAUGCUGAAGGUCCAGGCACUCUCCUUGCCCAGUCCCAAUGAAACUGUGCAGAAGAAGAAAGGCUGCCCUCCAGAUUGCUCCCACCAAACUUCAUUCCCUUCCCAGAUCAUUAAUGAAAUCAAGGAUGUGCUCUGCAUCGCUGUGGGCCCAAGGGAUGAAGAUGAAGAAAUCCAGUUUGCUGAAUUAGAAAGUUUGUUGAGAAGGCUGAGCCAAACACUUUGUUGCAGAAAGUUCAUAUGCCCAGCAUCAGAGCAGCAGCUGGCUAAGUGCACUGUUGAGUUGGCCUCCCUUCUAGUUUCAGACCGAGUUCCGAUCCAGAGGAUGAACUUUCAGGUCCCCCAAAAGCAGGAACAGCAGCCAGCAAAGAGCCACCUCAUAUCCAGCCUUCUGAAAUCCCUGCUGUCUGUUUGGAAAGAAGACUUCCAGGCACCUGUUCCAUUGCAGCUGAUUUUCAGUAGGAAGAAUGCUUUCUAUCUUGCAGACAACAAACAGCGCAAGUGGGACUUGUUCUUGUUCAUGCUUCAUGGGCUUGUUGAGCAUGGCUUAAUGACAAAAAGAGAAAUUCAGAGUGGUUUGCACCAACUUUUAAAACUCCCAUGGCCUUUUGACUUUUCCAAGGAGCUAGAAGCAUUAUCAAGCAUAUUUGUUUCUGAGAACUACAUUGCAGAACCAAAGACCUUGGCCUAUGAAUUGCUGGGGCAGCCGAGAGGGACCGUGGCAGCACAGAGUUAGCCAAGGCACAAUAUUUAAAACCUCGGAGGUGUUUGUUAAUGCCCAGCACUCGGACAAUAAUGUUGGAGCUCCGACUUGCCCUUGUAAAGGAUGCCCAGAUUUUAAGGCAAAAUGCACACUUUUCCAUGAAGAAAUGUUUAAAGCACCUUAAGAGGAAUUGCAGGACAAACCUGUUUCUUCGUGAAAGCAUGUGGAAUUUGCCACAGAGUGAGAAGAUGGACUGUAAUUGCACAAAUGUGUAAAAAGUAUAUAGGUCAAUUCUAGCUAAAUCUGAGGGAUCUCGUUUAAAGAGAAAUCUGUUGUUCCAAUAUGUGGCCUUAAGGGGAGACUGGUGUUGAAAUUUGAUAAUCUAAUAAUUAAGUCCUUUUAAAAAGUCAAAUCCUGUCUUAGAAUAUAAUCAUGCACUGGCUUAGGACUGUUCAAGAAAGACUGCCUUUUACAAAAAGCUGCUUUUUGUACUUUGUGGUUGUCUAAUAAUGAGAGAAGUUGAUUUUAUUAGGAAAACAGCUAAAUUGUGAUAUAUUCCUUAUAUAUGGAAGAAUAAAUGAAAGAACCACA